AUGACUUCAAUGUAUCCGCCGAUUUCUCCUACUAUGAGUAGGAAGAAAGCUCUUGUUGUUACUGGCCGGACCAGGCUUGAGCGACUCUAUCUCAUCGGUGUCACCUCUACCUUCCUUGGUGUCGAAGCUCUAAAAAUCUUAAUCAAGGAAGCAAAGCAAGGGAAAGAUGUUACAAUUUAUAUGGAUGCUUAUGCUGCUUUGGCGAAGGUGGCCCCAAAUGAACCGGAGGCUUUUAGAGAUGAUCAAUGGAUUGAUGCUACCAAUAAGUCUAAUGCUGCCGAGGCUGCACGUUUGGAAGCACAGUUGAAGGGCUAUAAGAACAACUUGAUUAAGGAAAGCACUCGUAUGGGAAAUGAAGAUCUAGGUAAACAUUAUGAAGCUACAGGUCAACUUGCACUUGCUUUCGACGCUUAUUCUCGCAUGCGACAAGAUAUCAGCAUUCCCAGACACGUAAUUGACGUUUGCAAACACAUAAUUGAAGUCUCUAUUGAAAGAAAGGAGUAUAUCGCAGUUCUUUCCAAUGUUCAGAAGAUGAGAGGAACAUCUGUUGGACCGUAUGAUGAUCAGGACGUCAAACCAUUUUGUCAUGUGGCUGAAGGUAUCGCGCAAAUGCAUGCUGGACAAUACGCUAUGGCUGCACAAACUUUCUUACAAGUACCUCCAGGAUUUGCCGGAAGUUACUAUACAAUUGUCACUGCUAAUGAUGUUGCUGUCUACGGAGGUCUUUGCGCUUUAGCUACCAUCGAGCGUAAUGAUUUGCAAAAAUUAGUUCUCGAAAACUCCGAUUUCCGGGCCUUUCUCGAACUAGAGCCACAUAUUCGUCGUGCUAUUCAAGCAUUUGUUGGUAGCAAGUACUCUACAUGUUUGGAGAUUCUUGAGUCUUACAAAGCUGAUUAUCUUCUUGAUAUCCACUUGCAAAAGCAUGUUGAUGAACUUUAUACUCGUGUUAGAAAGAUGAUCAAAUGUGGUGAGCUGGAUGCUCGUAUUGAUCUCGUUGCUAAAACCCUCAUAUCAACACCCAAAGCUACCCGUCAAGAAAUCCAACAAGAAGCUCUCAAGACAGCAAAGCAAGUCGAACGUGAAGCUAGACAGCAUUUGCUACGUAUGAAUAUCGUUGCUUCAGAUAUGGAGGUCAGAGCAUCUAGAGAAAGUGGUAGACGAGGUAUGGGUGGCGGAAUGGCAGGAGAAUUAUUUGGUGGUGUUUAA